AUGCCCAGAUGCCCAAGUGCCGACGCAGGCUUGCUCAAAAGCCUCUUCCUCGAUCGGCAGCUUGCUGUCGCGCUCUGCAGGAUAUGCCUUUCAUGAUUGAGAGCGUCCUGACUGUCAUUUCGCCGACGCUGCUCCUUUCAAUACUGCAGCAUAUCAUUCAUCGGCCCAGGGUUUGACCGACAUGCGGGACGACAUCGAGACUCAGACAUCUGUUGCGCUGCGUUGUAUGGUCCUUGAGGUUGUCUCACGGCUAAAUGACAACUGAGACGG